CCCCGGAUCGACUUUCGUGCACUUCUGUUUGAGGAACCGAAUUCGCUCCACUAAUAAAUUGCUCCCGGAUUAAAACCUCGGCCCAGUGCGCCCUUCACUCCUUUCAAGAAGUUAAACAUCAUUGAAAUCUUCGUGCACGGAUAAACUCGUCUUGGUGGUGCACGUUGAAGCUUCUCGGCCCAGUUAGUUUAGCUUAGCUUAGCUUAGCUUAGCUUAGCUUAGUUCAGCUCGCUCGCCGCUAACAAAGAGGCGCGUUUGUCAGCAACACAGCGCAAAUUAGAGAUAGCCUGCGAAGGUGCUGUGAUUAUCGUGUGAAAAAAAUGUGCGCAAGAACGACAGCAAAGGACGAGAAGGAACUUUGUGGAACGAAAGAGGAGGACGAGCCACAACGUGGACUUGUGCAGCCUCGUGCUGUGUUCCACACAGCAGACAUCACUGAAGAUUUUCGUACUGAGUGGCAGGAGCCAGAGCCCCCUCACAUUAAAGAGGAAGUGGAGGACGAAGAGGUCCACCACAUCAAAGAGGAAGAGGAGACAAUUUUGAUUAAAAAAGAGGACAAAGAAGUCUGCCCCCAUAUCAAACAGGAAGAGGAGGAGGAGGAGCAUAUCACCAAGUUUCCAUCGACUGGUGUCCCUUUGAAGAGUGAAGAUGAAGGUCAAAGUGAGACGAGCAGAGGGGCAGAACCUCCAAGCAGCAGCUCAAGUCAACAUAUAACAAAAGAAGGAGAUGCAGAUGGCCUCUUAGCUCCACUAUUAGAUGGUGACGACAAGUCACACUCUCCUCACACUGAUGACAAUUAUGAUUAUAAACAGUCUGAUGGUGAUAAGACAUGUCACACUGACUGCAAACGAUGGAAAUGUUCUGUGUGUGGGAAAACAUUUCCUUAUAAGAGCAUUUUGGAAGAACACGUGAGAACCCACACUGGUGAAAAACCUUUUUUAUGCCCAGAUUGUGGAAAAAGAUUCACUCGGAAGGGACACUUAAAAAUACACACAAGAACCCACACUGGUGAGAAACCUUUUUCCUGCUCAGUUUGUGGUCAACGAUUCUCUGAAAAUGGAAAGUUAAAAAUACACACAAGAACCCACACUGGUGAAAAACCUUUUCCCUGCACAGUUUGUGGUCAUAGAUUCUCUGUGAUGGGACACUUAAAAAUACACACAAGAACCCACACUGGUGAGAAACCUUUUUCCUGCUCAGUUUGCGGCCAAAGAUUUACUCUGAAGGGAGAUUUAAAAAUACACACGAGAAGCCACACUGGAGAGAAACCGUUUCCCUGCUCAGUUUGUGGCCAAAGAUUCUUUGUGAUGAGACACUUAAAAAUUCACACAAGAACCCACACUGGUGAGAAACCUUUUUCUUGCUCAGUUUGUGAUAAAAGAUUCACUCAGAAUACAGAUUUAAAAAAACACACAAGAACCCACACUGGUGAGAAACCUUUUUCGUGCUCGGUUUGUGGCAAAAGAUUCCCUCAGAAGACCGAUUUAAAAAAACACACAAGAACCCACACUGGUGAGAAACCUUUUUCCUGCUCGGUUUGUGGUCAACGAUUCUCUGCGAAGGCAAAGUUAAAAAUACACACAAGAACCCACACUGGUGAGAAACCUUUUUCCUGCUUAGUUUGUGGUCAGAGAUUCUCUCGUAAGGAUCGGGUUAAGACACACAAGUGUGCUGGUGAGAAUAGCAGUGAUCAAGAACCUUUUAAUGCAAAUGUAAAUGCUUAAAAAGGUCAUUACUAUAUAAAUCUACGUUCUUGUCUUCUGUGUACCAACGUUUGUUGUAUCUUCUUGUCCAUGUAUUUUCUAAAAGCCUCCCACUGGCAAAUGUUUAGCUUGGUUUGAUGACGUCCUCAUAAAUUUGCAAUUUUUCAGCACAUUACAAGCAAGCUGUAUUUUUUUUUCCCUGAAAAGUUUUCAUUUUGAAGGUGAGGGGAUUCCACCUGACAGCUGCUGUAUAUCAGAUAUGACAAAUUAUUGCCACUUUAUCGUGCAUUACAUUAGUUUUCACACACCAGCUAUGCUUUGUGCUUUUCAAUUUUUGAUUUUGGUGAUGAAAAAGGGGCAUUCGAAAGGGAAUUAGUUAUUUACUAAUUGCUCCAAAACGUGUAUAUUAUUGGAAAUGACUGCCAGUUUAAUUUUCUUGUGCAAAAGAAUGCAUACAAUGAACUUGUUCGUUAACUAUGGACCAUUAAGACUCAUACUUCCUUUGAGCAAUGGAUUCUUUUUGUCCAAUGUUUUAGUGAUGUCAAUAUAUAUGCAUGCAAAUCAAUCGCUUUCCGGCGAAAUUCGCCAUUUCGAACUCCAAAUAGGCUGUUUCCGUGAAUUGUAAACAACCCCAAUUCCAAUGGAGUUGGGACAUUGUUAAACAUCAAUCAAAACAGAAUACCAUGUUUUGCCAAUCAUGUUCAACCUAUAUUUAAUUGAAUGUGCAACAAAGACGAGAUAUUUCAUGUUUAAACUGAUAAACUUUGUUGUUAUUAGCAAAUAGUCAUUAGCUUGGCAUUUUAUGGCUGCAACACGUUCCAAAAAAGCUGGCACAGGUGGCAAAAACGACGGAGAAAGUGGAGGAACGCUCAUCAAACACGUGUUUGGAACAUCCCACAGGUGAACAGGCUCAUUGGGAACGGGCGGGUGCCGUGAUUGGGUAGAAAAGGAGCUUCCCUGAAUGGCUCAGUCAUUCACAAGCAAAGAUGGGGCGAGGUUCACCUCUUUGGGAACAAGUGCGGGAGAAUAUAGUCGAACAGUUUAAGGACAAUGUUCCUCAACGUACAAUUGCAAGGAAUUGAGGGAUUUCGUCAUCCACGGUCCAAAAUACCAUCAAAGGUUUCAGAGAAUCAGGAGAAAUCAUUGCACAUGUAAGCGCCAAGGCCGGAAACCAACAUUGAAUGCCCCUCAGGCCGCACUGCAUCAAAAACCGACAUGAAUCUGAAAAGGAUUUCACCACGUGGGCUCAGGAACACUUCAGAAAACCAAUGUCAGCAAAUACAGUUCGGCGCUACGUCCGGAAGUGCAACUUGAAACAUAUUCUUGGACUCCUUAAUUGUUAGAACUAUCACUGAAAAGGAAGUGGAGCUGUGCAAUCAACCUAUGAAGACCGAGGAGGUUGAAGAAGCUAUUGAUCUUUUACAAAACAAUAAAUCACCUGGUCUUGAUCUUUUGUAACUAACUGACUCCUUUUCUUUUUGAAGUCUAUGUUGAAAGUAUAAUGAAGGCAGACCUUCCUACAACAAUGUCUCAAGGUUGAACAACUUGAAUUCCUAAACCCAACAAGGACACUUCUCUGAUUGAUCAUUGGCAUCCAAUGUCUUUAAUGAAUAACGAUUAUAAAAUAUUUGCUAGAAGAUUGAAAAUGAUAUUGAACUCAAUUAUUGAUGAAACUCAGUCAGGGUUUAUGUCCAAAAGACACAUAACAAACAAUG